AUGAGAGAUCAGAUAGACCUGCUGGCCACUGUCACGGUUUUGGGAGUCCUGGAGCAAGCCUACUUUGCACUGCAGGUGAUCCAUGCCCGGCGGAAGCACAAGAUCUCCCCCCCAGAGACCACAGGGCACCCUGAAUUUGAGCGGAUCUUCAGAGCUCAGGCAAAUUGCUCAGAGUACUUCCCGAUCUUCAUCUCCCUCCUCUGGGUUGCUGGAAUCUUCUUCCAUCAAGGUGUGGUUGCAGUGUGUGGGCUGCUCUACCUCUACACUCGCUUCAGGUACUUCCAGGGGUACGCCGUGGCUGCGCAGGAACGGUUGGGGCCUCUGUACGCCAGUGCCCGGCUGCUCUGGCUGCUGCUCGGGCUGGCAGCGGCUGGGCUCCUGGCACACUUCCUGCUGACCCUCUCCUCUGCAACAGCAUGGCCCCUCCAGCUGCUCCGUGCCUGGUGA